AUGGCGCACGUUUUUCAUCGUUCCGAUGCCGUACUAACAUCACAAGUACUCCUAUUAGCGCUCGUCAUUUCGCUCUUGAGAUUCACCGAAGCAUCAUCCACACCCUUCUCCCUCACCUCCUUCCUCGAGUCCUUCACCACAUCGCACACCAGCGAAUCCACUCAAGACCGCACAGAAACCCUCUCCGGCUCCUCUCACCACCACGUCGCGAGGCGGCGUCUAGCUGGCAUCACGGGAUUGGUCAAGAAUAUCGAGCGGGUCGAGCAGGCGGUGUUCGAGCCGCAGCCGAUUCAACGGCCGCCACUCCCAAGCGCCGUCGGGCGCGUCGAGCUUUACAUCGAUGACGGCAUGGCUGUAGAUGGCGCGGAUGCCGCCGACAACGUCAUGCUCUCACGCGCUUCGCCGGAGGGCGCCACGGGACCCGCUCUUCUUCCGUUGGACGACAAUCUGGUAACCGACGUUUCGCCCGUCGCGAAGAAGCGGGUGUUGGAGCGGUCGUCGCAGGGGGACGCGGGUGGUAGUACCGGCAAUCCCAAGGAGCGCACGAGCUGCUCCAUGGAACGCGGCUCGUGGCAGGUGGAUCCCACGUGGCCGCUGUACGACGCCACGUGUCCGUUCAUCUACCCGAAUCAAAACUGCGUGAAAAACGGCCGGCCGGACCGCGUGUUUGAGCGCGUCCGAUGGACGACACCGGGCUGCCCGCUUCCCACGCUGACAAAGCGCACCCUCUGCAGCCUGGUCGCGGGAAAGAGCAUCGCAUUCAUAGGCGAUUCCGUCACGCGCAACACGUUCGAGUCGCUCGCGUGUCUCAUGUACGGAUUCUACGGGAUGCCGGAGGAUCUGGCGGGGAUCAACAUGUCGUACGGGCUGGAACGCGGGUUCGUGUGGCCGUCGUGUAACUUCACCCUCGCGUUCUAUCGCACGAAUUUCAUGGUGCAGUUGACGCUGGAAGAUCCCAGCAAGCCCAAGGGAGGCGGCGUGAUGGAUUUAAACAAGCCGGACGAGCGAUGGAUGAGGCGACUGGAUCAACACGAUAUCUUCGUUAUAAACACAGAUGAGGGAAAAGGAUGUCACUGGUGGACCGAGCAGAAGAUCCACGGCUCUGGCUUCCGCUUUGCGCCGCCCCACCAGAAUCUGUCCGUCGCCGAGGGGUUCCAGAAGGCUUGGGAGAUGACACUGAAGGUCUUUAAGACCGACCGCAUGCGUGGCAAGGUGCUAGUUGUUCCUACUAAUUCAGCGACCCAUUUCACGGGCCAGGGCUUUAAGAGCGAAUGCCCGCACACGGCUCCUAUGAACGCCACGGGGUUCCUAAAUGAUAGGUUUAUUAGGAACUACAUGACGAUGGAGCCUUAUAAUGGGGUCAUGAGGAAGCUUGUAUCGCGGAUGCAUGGGAAGGAGAGGGCGGAGGGGAGAAUGCAAGGGGCGAAGGUGGUGCUGCUGGAUCAGGCUCGGCCGACCCUGUUCCGAAGCGACGGGCAUCCGGGAAGAUGGGCGCUCCUGCCCAAUGGGGUGAGGGACUGCGGACAUUUCUGUCUGCCCGGCGUGCCUGACGUGUGGAAUGAGAUGAUGCUGCAGCGGCUGUGGGUGCUGGAUGAAGCACUGCGGGAUUGA